AUGGAGCCCGCUGACAGCGACGAGGGGCAGGGUGUGCGGCUGAGCUACCGGAGCAAAGACGGCGAGGAGGCGAGGCGCCGCCGCGCCCGCCGCGCCUGCCGCUGCGCCGUGCCGCACGCGCGCCGCCGAGGCUUCCCCGGUACCGUCCAGGUGUCAGUCACCUACACCCUCACCCCCGGCAACGAGCUGAUCACAGAAAUGCGCGCCACCACAGACAAGGCCACGCCCCUCAACCUGGCCCAGCACAGCUACUUCAACCUGGCAGGGCACGGCAGCGGCGAUGUGCUGGACCACCAGCUGACCAUCCACGGAGACCACUACACGCCGGUGGACGAUGUGUCCAUCCCCACCGGGGACAUUGCCCCUGUGCGGGGCACGCCCUUUGACUUCACCUCGCCGCACACGGUGGGGGAGCGGAUCGAGGAUGUGCCAGGUGUCACACCCUGCCCCCACGCCUGA